CGGCGCGCCACCCCCGUCUUUCCGCACGUCUCCUCGUUCAGGUAGUCGUGUCGCCCUGUCAUCGUGUCGCCGCCGCCGUCGUCGUCGGCCGGUCGACGUCUCGCUGCAUCAUAACGUCGGCCCAGAUCUCUCAGCACGCGCCCCAGAAGCCCGGGACGGCCGCCAUCGCGGUCCCUGGAGCAAACCAUCAUGAAUGGGGACUUGAGCCUCUCUCAAGCCCUCGGGGGCUUGCGAAUCGCGAACCCCGACGACGCCGCCGAAGCAACCAUCUCGACGCCUUCCGCCGAAACAGAUCCUCACGCAACCUUCCAACCCGAUGCCGACCACGGCCCGAGCUCUACCGCUCCGUAUUUACUUCAGGAUGGCCCUGAUUCCCGCCGACCCAAAUCAUCCGUCCAUGACAACGACGCCGCCGCGACAGACUUCCUGGCACCUGUCCGUCUCAACCGAGAACAUAGCCAGCGAGCGGCUCAGCAUCCUUCUCAACUCCCUCACCACGUAACCGGUACCCCCGAUGAACGAGUCUCCCCAAUACCAGUGCGUCAGAGCUCUAAAGGCCUCGUGUCCGGUGGUGGUGCUAUGGGGGCCUCAUCCGGAACCCACAACCCAGCAACACAAAGCAUCGAUGUCGCUCCGUUUGCUGGAGACUCCUCGAUACCUGCGACAAGCGAGGAGUGGAAGGAUCGUGGAGCCGCCAUUGGCGUACGCCGCGAGCUAGAUGCGAAUGGGAGACCCGUGGCUCGCCAAGUUAAAAAGGGCGUCAGGGAUUUUUCCUUUGGCCGCGUCCUCGGCGAGGGCUCCUACAGCACCGUGUAUUUGGCGACUGAUCGCCAGACCCUCAAAGAGUACGCCAUCAAAGUGCUCGAGAAGAGACACAUCAUUAAGGAAAAGAAGAUUAAGUAUGUCAACAUUGAGAAGAACACACUGAAUCGCCUUACCGAGCAUCCUGGGAUUGUCCGCCUUUACUACACAUUCCAGGACGAGACCUCUCUAUAUUACGUCUUGGACCUCUGCAACGGUGGCGAAUUGCUCGGAGUCCUCAAGAAGACUGGCACUUUCGAUGUGGACUGUGUGAGGUUCUACGGGGCCCAGAUUCUCGAUGCGAUAGAUUACAUGCACUCGCGUGGUGUCAUCCAUAGGGAUCUGAAGCCUGAAAAUGUACUUUUGGACAGCCAGAUGCACGUCAAAAUUACCGACUUUGGCACAGCCAAGCUCCUUCGAGACCCCCGGGAUCCGAGAGACGGAGCCGGUGGAGACCGCGGCUUGCCAGAGACGGAGAGAAGGGAUGGCGAAGACGAUGCCCGAGCAGCCUCAUUCGUGGGCACGGCCGAGUACGUUAGUCCGGAGUUGCUUACGCACAAGAAUGCGUGCAAAGCCAGCGACUUGUGGGCCUUUGGAUGCAUCAUCUAUCAGCUUCUGGCUGGACGACCGCCCUUCAAAGCGGGCAGCGAGUAUUUGACGUUCCAGAAGAUCGUCAAUCUCGAAUACGAAUUCCCACCCGGGUUUCCCCCAUCGGCGCGGGAUCUUGUCGAUCGGUGUCUCGUUCUCGACCCGGCCAGGAGGCUUACCAUUGAGCACAUUAAGAAUCACGAAUUCUUCACAGGUCAGCAGUUCGGCAAAGGUCUGUGGCGAGCGAAAGCCCCAAGGCUGCGACCAUACGUACCUCCUGCUCAGGAGCCCAGCAUCAUUCACCUCAACGGCUACUCCCCGGGAUCCGCCCCAGCUCCCAGUAACAUAUCGACAGCUCGUCCACUGCUGCACACGCAAGGGAACACCCCCAGUGCUCAGCGCCCUUCCCGCAUCAUUACAGAACUUCCGCCCCCGACUCAGCUCGAUAUCGAAUGGUCUCCGGUCCUGACCAAAAGCAAUGAACGAAUUCUCAAGCUCGGCGACCUGAUGGUGAUCCAGACGCCACUGUCACAUGGUGGCCACGGCAAAGGCUCGGAAGAAGGCCACAAAAAAUUGUCGCGUUUCUUCGGGGGUAGCACCACAAAGAAAAGACAACGUUUGGUGAUGAUUACAUCCAGCGGGAGGAUCGUCCUUGCUCCUGCCGGGGGUGAAGAGAAGCGAACGAAGCACGAGCUCUCUCUCCUCUCUGCAGAUUGCACCUGGAGAAGCCAACAGGAUGCCAAGGGACAGUUGAUAUGGUGCGUUGAUACGAAUGGCCAACAUUACACGUUUGAGGAAACCAAAGCAACAGCAAAUGCUGAAGGAGGGAACAGCACGGCAGACGACUGGAUUGAAUGCCUUGAGAGAGCAAGGGACCUUGCCAUGUCCCAAAACGCAACAGCACAGGGCGACGACAAUCCUUUCUCAGAAUUACCCACCACGGCGUCAAGCCCGGCCAGCACCCUUGGCAGCAGAGCCAACCUGGCUGAUGGCUAUGGGCCAAGUGACCGUAACACGAGAGGUCACCUCAGAAAGAAUCAUGGCGGUCAUGACGAAGCCGGUGCCAAGAGGAACCGCUUUAGUAAAAGGCAGUCACGGAACGGCUUGGGGUCUGCCUUCUAGCUUAUCUGUCCGUACAGGGAAUGGCGGUCUGGCCAGUGAGCCUCGUUGUUUUUUCUGAGCCCACUUAUUUUCGAGUCGCAUUUUGUCGUGGAUACUGGACCUGUCGGAGCAGUAGACUCAACACCUUUUGCAUGGAAAUGGGCAGCGAGGCGUAUUGAUAAGGAGUUUCUUUUGUAUUCCAGAGCUAGUGGAUUGAGCUCGUGGCCGUCCGAUCAGUCCAUUUCUUGGGCAUCACGAUGCAAUCGACUGGCGCAAUAGCACCGGGUACCAAUUAUUAGACGUCGUUCUGAAAGUGUAGCGGAUCUGCUGAUCUAGGGAUAUCGAUUGGGCAUGGCUUUGUUCUGGAUCAUUACCAGGUAGGUUCCGAACUUGGUACGUGGCAAAAUGACCGAGAGGCAGUUGGAUACUCCUUUGUUCGAACAGGCAAGGGCCUGUCUGUCUCAAUGAGACCGGCGCGAAUGGAGUGUCGAUUCUGCGCGUGCUUAAGGUCACGAAACUGUCUCCAUUGAAGUCGCGGCCCCAAAACUGGGCAGUAGCCAUCCGUCGGCUAGAGGUGGCAGAUGGAAACUACGUCUGGGCUACUGAAAUUGACUUGCGGAACCUCAUCUUCGCAAGAGUUUUUGGGCUUGAAUCGUGGGCAUCUGCAAAUAUCACUACGUAUAUUCCACUUCAUAUUGAUGGGUGAGUUGCGAGAUAGUUACCAGACAGCCCCAGAAGUUCAGAACCCACCGUGGCAAAGCUACGUAGGU